CACCCACCCAACCACCAAGAUGCAAAAACAAUCACGAAAAUCCACCCCUAAGGCUGAAACAAGGAGCGUGUUACUCGCACCGCGACGCGCCCACCCACCAACCAAUCACCGUGCGUCCUCCGUCGAGAUGUCAACCAAUCACGAAAAGCCACUUUUAGGGCUGUCCCAGUGUUAAUCAGAGACCGGGACGCGUCGACAGGGGGGCUGACGUGACGAGAGCCAAUCACAGCGUCUGCGCCGGCGAGAUGUCAA